AUGAGGGCCACCAUCGCCAGUCUCGUUUCGAACGCCCUGCUGCUUAUCCAGCAAGCGGCUGCUGCGCCUACAGACACUGAUACCUGGAAUGAGACUACCGUCGAUAUCUCUGGAGAUUCCUCCGCAGACAGCUUCAGUGUCGCGUCCAUCUACGACUGGACCUACAGGAGGUGGAAUGGAGCCAAUUAUGCAUGCAAAUGCUAUCCUGGUGACCCAUGCUGGCCCAGCACUCUCCAGUGGAACUUGUUGAACGCAACUGUUGGAGGCAACUUGCAAAUCAGCAUUCCUCCGGCUGCGUCUUGCUACAACACCUUCCAAGGCCUUCUCGGCAACAUCAGCACCUACAAUGCGGCUCAAUGCGCCGAUGUUCACGCGAACUAUGCCAGCGAGCAGUGGCAGAUCGACCUUCCCACUGCUGGCCUGUGGACCUACUUCACCAACGACACGUGCCGGCCUACCACCAACCCUACUGAUUCUUGCACUGGCGGCUACUUCCCUACGAUCUAUAUCAAAGCUACGACCAUCGCCCAUAUACAGGCUGGUAUUCUCUUCGCCAAGAACAACAACCUGCGCUUGAUCAUACGCAACACUGGCCAUGACUUCCUUGGCAGAUCAGUCGGCUGGGGUGCCCUCGUCAUCAACACUCACAGCUUUAAGGAUAUCAGCCUUACCAGCAGCUACAGGGGUGCCUGUAACUACACUGGCUCUGCCAUCACUGUCGGCGCCGGUGUUCAGGCUUUUGAGGCUCUCAGCAAGCUUCACUCUCUCAAUCCCCCCAAAAUCAUGGUUACCGGAGAGUGCGCUACUGUCGGUGUUGCUGGUGGUCUCGUCCAAGGUGGUGGACAUGGCCCCCUGACCAACUUUUACGGCUUCCUUGCCGAUACCGCUCUCGAGUUCCAGGUCAUUACUGCUGACGGUGUUCUACGAACUGCCAACGCCAAGACCAACCCCGACCUCUUCUGGGCUCUUAGGGGCGGUGGCCCUUCUGCGUUCGGUGUCGUCGUUCAGGCCACCUAUAAGACCUUUGACGAUUACUCCAGCUCCGGCACUACCUUCGCCCUCGGCCCUGCCAACGUCAACAACAACGACACCCUCUGGUGGGAUGCCAUCGCCAAAUUCCACAGCUACUCCAACCACUUCGUCGACAAUGGCCUGUACAUCUACUACGAGUUAUACCCUGGCCUAAGCUUCCGCGUCCAGCCCGUCGUCGGUGUUAACAAAACUGCCGCCCAGCUCGAGGCCGUCCUCCAGCCUCUUUUCAACGACUGGACCGCCAUGGGGCUCACCUUCGACAAGACCACCACGACCUACAGCACCUUCUACGAGCUUUACAACGCCCUGUUUGAGUCCGAGGUUGCCGGUGACUCUGCCCUGACCGGCGGCUGGGCCUUCAGCAAGACCGAUGUCGCCAAAAACAACGCCGGCAUCAUCGACGCCUUCAAGAAUGUUCUCAACAACGGCGCCUUACUCGUCGGCCACAUGUGGAACGGCGGCCACGGUCUCCCCCAGAGUCAGUGGGCCGACAGCGCCAUCAACCUCCGCUUCAGGAACGUCAGCGACAAACUCAUCACCAUCCUUCCCCUCUCCGGCAACGCACCCCUUGCGGAGAAGGAGGCCGCUCAGCGUGUUCUGACUGACGUUGUCGAUGGCGGUCUCAGGGCUGCUGGUCCCAACGGUGCUGCCUACAUCAACGAGGCUGAUCCCUUUCAGCCUAACUGGCAGACUGCCUUCUGGGGCACUAAUUACCCUAAGCUUCUCCAACUCAGACAGAAGUGGGAUCCUACCGGUGUGUUCUACUCUGUUUCCACCCCCGGUACGGAGAAGUGGGAGCAGAUUGAAUAUGGCACCAGGCUUUGCAAGAAGCUUUGAAGCAGGUUCUUGUUGAUAUUGUCUGUUCUUAGUCUUGGUUUACAGAUACCAUCUUUGUUUAGCGUCCAUCGUUGUUCUUUUGUUGGAGAGCUCAUAUCUUCAUUUCGCUUGGGUGGCGGCGAGCCUUUGGUAACAAGGUAGAUACUUUGACUACAUCUUUUAGACAAGACUCUAUGCGUAUAAUUCUAAUCAUUAGUU